AUGGAAUCAGAAAUAUUGAAAACCAUGGAUAUAAAUGAUUCCAAUAGUAAAAUGAAAGAGGAAGGACAUCAUAAAGUAGAUGAUAUUACAGAUAAAAAAGAGACUAACAAUUAUAGAACAGAAAAAGCAAAAGAAAAACAAGGGAUCGGCAAGCAUAAAAUAAAUAAAGUCAUAUACAAAGAAAACACAGCAGGAACAAGCAGUGCCAUAUUUAGAGAUAGUACUUCUGAUGAAAUGUCAACAAAAACAAAGACGCGACGAAAAAGAUUUAAAGUGGAAAAGGCAACGUGGUUUUCAGAGAAGAAUAUAAAUAGGCGAGAGAAAGGAAAGCGAUACUUUGAUAAAACUAAAGUAAACGGAAAGUGGUCUUACGACAUAAAAAGAGUCAAGGGAAAUCAAAGAAAGGCCAAAAAGGAUAAAUGCGAAAUUUGUAAUAAAUUGAAGAAAGGCUACAUCACAGAGGAAGACUAUAACAACCAUAUGACAAGAAAAAGGAAAGCUAGAAGCGAAAUGGAAAAAGAUAAAGAAAAUGAAAAAUGUGUCUAUACCGUCCAUCUUCAGGCUGUAUUAUUCUCACCAAAAUCUAAUAUUAACAGCCUUUACUAUUAG